AUGGAAGCGACUCUAUCAAGAAAUCCUUCAGUCGAGGCUGCACCUACAACGGAGCUGGAAAAGCUCACGGUUGCGGGGGACGCAGCCAACGCUGAAGUCCCUCCGCAUAGGUCGCAUGACUCGGCAAACAACUUGAAGAGGACCGAUCCGUUUCAAUUCGGCAGCCGCUUUCUAACGCAGGAGGACAACGUUUACGAGUUCAAUGCCUGGGACCAUGUGGAAACUGACGAUGCAUACAAGGAGUAUACUGAGCUGCAGCUUGAGAAGCAGCGCCAGGCACCCGUUUCUGACUUUGACAAGAGCAGAUUCAACAGUAAUCCCGAAAAGUGGUGGAAUCUCUUCUACAAAAACAACACUGCCAACUUCUUCAAGAACAGAAAGUGGCUGCUGCAAGAAUUUCCCAUCUUGGGCGACGUAAUGGCAGAAGAUGCUGGCGCCAAGGUCAUUCUCGAAAUCGGCGCCGGCGCCGGUAACACGGCGUUUCCGAUUCUCUCCAACAACAAAAACUCCCAACUUAAGAUUCACGCUUGUGACUUCUCCAAGACUGCCGUAGAAGUCAUGCGCAAACAUGAAGAGUACAAUACCGAGCAAAUUCAAGCCGACGUCUGGGACGUCGCAGGCAAAGAGCUGCCGCCCGACCUCGAAGAUGGAUCCGUAGACGUGGCCAUUUUGAUCUUCAUCUUUUCGGCGCUGUCGCCGCAGGAGUGGUCCCGAGCGCUGCACAACGUCCAUAGGCUGCUCAAGCCAGGCGGCACCGUCCUCUUCCGUGACUACGGGAGAGGCGAUCUUGCGCAGGUGCGGUUCCGCAAGGGCCGCUAUCUGGAAGAAAACUUCUACAUUCGCGGCGACGGCACGCGCGUGUACUUUUUUGACCGCGACGAGCUAGGCGAUAUUUGGUCAGGCAAGAAAGCCGAGGACAACGGCGAGGCUGGCGUUCCUAAGUUCUCCAUCGACCACCUCGGUGUUGAUCGUCGCUUGCUGGUCAACCGCGCGGAACAAAAGAAAAUGUACCGAUGCUGGCUACAAGGACGAUUUACAAAACGAUAG